AUGUUUUGAUAGCCUGACAACUCUGCGCGUAACCUCGCUGCAAUUUGUCACUUUUGUUCACAACUGGCCUACACCAUGAACAGUAAAAACAUCAAAUAAAACUGUUUGCAAAUUCAAUAGAAAUCAAAGAAACACUUUGGAACGCAAUCGAGGCAAACAUAAAAGAAUUGAAAUUUAAAGAAUGGGCAACACAGCGAUAACCAAAGUCCAGAUGGAGGCAUCCAAGCGCAUGGCCGCUGGUGGCUCACCUCCGCCGGAAUGUCCCAUGCACCAGAAGCAGGGAGAGAACACAUCUGCCUCGGCCGUACCGCCACAUCCCAAAAUGCAGGCCGCCUCCGAGUGUCCAGUAAAGCACGACAAUAGUGAUGUGAAUCCACUUAAUAUGAUGCCACCGGCUAAUCAACAGCCGGCGCCGGAUCAGCCCUUCCCAUUGCCCACAGACCGUCAGACAUCGACCAUACCAAAGGUGACCGAGGACGGAACCACUCAGUUCUGGCAAUAUCCCAGUCAGCAAAUGUUCUGGAAUGCCAUGUUGCGCAAGGGCUGGCGCUGGAAGAACGAGGAUGUGUCCCAGAAGGACAUGGGAGACAUAAUACGCAUUCACAAUGCCAACAACGAACAGGCCUGGCAGGAGGUACUUAAAUGGGAGGCGCUACACGCCAAAGAAUGCGGCAAUCCGCGUCUCAAGAGCUUCGGCGGCAAGGCCAAGGACUUCAGUCCGCGUGCCCGCUUCCGCAGCUGGCUCGGCUAUGAGUUGCCUUUUGAUCGCCACGAUUGGAUUGUGGACCGUUGCGGCAAGGAUGUGCGCUAUGUUAUUGACUACUAUGACGGUGGAUUGGUUGACAAGGAUUACCGCUUUGCCCUGUUGGAUGUGCGUCCGGCCAUGGAUUCAGUGGACAAUGUUUGGGAUCGCAUGCGUGUGACCUACAUGCGCUGGAAAUACGAACUAUUGGGGAGCUUCAAGGACGCCGGGAGCAGCAAAGUGUCUGCUGGUAGCGAAUAAGUAAUUUUCAAAUAUUGUAAACUUAACUAAAUUAAUCGAAUGCAAAAUGACCGUUAUACAGUUUAGGCUGCACUGCUGUCUGGCAUAAAUACAUAAAACUUGGUGCCGUCUGUUAUAAAAAAAGCGAAUC